CGUCAUCUUUCAUUCUCCCAGUUGAACUAUCAGUUUCCGUACAGAGUGCCGUGAUAUACUUUUCAAGCCUGAGGGGCAGUAUUCCUUCGCAUCCUACCCAUAGCCUGAGCGCUGGUCCACCACAUCAACCAUGGAGGACCUCUACGACUCCGGCACGGCAACCCCGGCCACCACCGUCUCCUCCGAUGAACCGACUUGUACGGCUACAGAUGGUCGUAAACGCGUGGUGAUUGUCGGUUUAGGCAUGGUGGCCAUCUCGUUCAUCGAGAAGCUGCUCAAGGCCGACCCGGACCAUACCUGCUUCUCGAUCACUGUUAUCGGCGAGGAAGCCCAUGUCGCCUACAAUCGUGUCGGCCUCACUUCCUUCUUCGAGCACCGCAAGAUCGAGGAACUUUACCUCAACCCGAAGGAAUGGUAUGAUUCGCAACCGGCACUGAAUCAUCACCUCUCAACCCGGGUGACCGAGAUUCUUCCCGAAACCAGGGAGGUGAAGACCUCUGCCGGCACCACUGUGCUCUACGAUGUUCUCAUCCUCGCCACGGGCUCCGACGCCGUGGUGCCUGCCGAUACGCCAGGCCACGAUGCCACUGGAGUGUUUGUAUACCGUAAUAUCGCCGAUCUGGAGCGCAUGAUCUCGUACUCGGCCAGUGUAACUGGUAGUACGGGAUUGGUUGUCGGUGGUGGGCUUCUCGGCCUCGAGGCUGCAAAGGCCAUGAUGGAUCUGAAUCAAUUUGGCGCUGUCAAGUUGGUCGAUAAGAACCCGUGGGUGCUGUCGAGGCAACUUGAUAGGGAUGCGGGAGGAUUGGUUAUUGAGAAGGUUGAGGAGCUCGGCCUGGAGGUGUUGAAGUGCCACAAGAUUGAGGAGAUCAAAACCGACCAAACGAAUCAAGUCGUCGGGGUGAGGUUUAUUGAUGGGAAGGAGAUAGAAUGCUCGAGUAUCUGCUUUGCCAUCGGAAUCCGACCGAGAGACGAGCUAGCCGCUUCGGUAGGGAUAAAAACCGCCAGAAGAGGUGGUUUCAUCAUCGACAAGAAUUGUGAGACCAAUGUUCCUGGCAUCUAUGCCGUGGGCGAGUGCGCAAGUUGGGACAACCAAACUUUCGGUCUGAUCGCUCCCGGAGUCGAGAUGGCCGAUGUUCUUGCUUUCAACCUCUGCCAGUCUACACUGUUCGGCGGCGACCAACCGCCGAGAGCAUUCCGUCGACCGGAUCUCUCAACGAAGCUGAAGCUUCUGGGAGUGAAUGUUGCGUCGUUCGGUGAUUACUUCGCGGAUCGCGACGGGCCGCAGGAGGCCACCGAGAGCCCGGGAAUAAAGGCGCUCAGCUAUAAGGAUCCCUUCGAGUCUGUCUACAAGAAGUAUCUGUUCACUGCAGACGGAAAGUACCUUAUCGGCGGUAUGAUAAUCGGCGACACGAAGGAUUACAUCAAACUGGUCGGAAUGGUCAAGAGCAAGAAGCCACUGGAGGUACCACCAUCACGCUUCAUUCUGGGCGCAAAACAGGAUGGUGAGGAGGAUAAUCCAGACGAUCUGCCUGAUGAUACGCAAGUCUGCUCGUGUCACAACGUCAGCAAGGGUGACAUCAGCAAAGUGGUGAAAGACGGAACUUGCACAAGCGUCGGCGAGGUCAAGUCUUGCACCAAGGCAGGCGCGGGCUGUGGAGGCUGCAUGCCAUUGGUACAGCAGAUCUUCAAUGCGGAGAUGAAGGCGAUGGGCGCCGAAGUCAAGAACUAUCUUUGCCCGCAUUUCGAGUACUCCAGAGCGGAUCUCUUCAACAUUAUAUCCGUGAAGAAGUAUACCACUCUCGAGGAGGUUAUGAAAGCGGUCGGCAAAUACCCCGACUCCUUGGGCUGUGAGGCCUGCAAGCCCACCCUCGGCAACAUCUUUGCUUCUCUCUUCAACCGACAUGUUAUGGACAAACCGAUGCAUGGGCUGCAAGACACGAAUGACAAGUUCUUAGCGAACAUCCAGCGCAACGGAACCUUUUCCGUCGUUCCGCGCGUAGCUGGUGGUGAAAUCACCCCCGACAAACUGAUCGUCAUCGGCACCGUGGCAAAGAAAUAUGGUCUCUACUGCAAGAUCACUGGAGGCCAACGAAUCGACAUGUUCGGAGCCAAGAAGCAGGACUUAGUCGAGAUCUGGAGCGAGCUUGUUGAUGCUGGAAUGGAGAGUGGACAUGCUUAUGCGAAAAGCUUGAGGACUAUCAAGAGUUGUGUCGGAUCGACCUGGUGCAGGUUCGGUAUCGGUGAUUCGGUUGGCAUGGCCAUCCGCCUCGAAGAGCGUUACAAAUCCAUCCGAGGUCCCCACAAGAUCAAGAGUGGUGUAUCAGGCUGUGUCCGCGAGUGUGCCGAAGCACAAAACAAAGACUUUGGCCUGGUCGCGACCGAGAAUGGCUACAACAUCUACGUCGGCGGUAACGGUGGUUCCAAACCUAGGCACUCGGAGAUCCUCAUCAAAGACUGUCCUCUGGAGCGGGUGAUCCCGGUGCUGGAUCGCUACCUCAUGUUCUAUAUCCGUACCGCCGAUAAGCUGCAACGGACUGCACGCUGGAUGGAGAACCUUCCCGGCGGUAUCAAGUACCUCCGGGAGGUAAUCCUUGACGACCGCCUCGGAAUCUGCGACGAACUGGAACGACAGAUGCAAGAGCUGAUCGGUACGUACUUCUGCGAGUGGACCGAGGUAGUCAAGAAUCCCGAAAGGCGAGCGCAAUUCCAGCAGUUUGCCAACACGGGUGAAACGCUCGAUGGUGUCGAGAUCAUCACGGAACGUGACCAGACCCGGCCGACAUACUGGCCGAAGGAAGGCGCGGCGAAGGAGGACUUUAGGGGUACAAAGUGGACCUCACUUGCCUGGCAGCCCAUGGUCAAAGCGUCUUAUUUCGGCGACGGAGAUACUGGCCCGAGUGGAAAGAGUGCUGCCGUCAAGCGCGGAGACACCCAGCUUGCCAUCUUCAAGGUCAAGGGGAAGUACUACGCCACCCAGCAAAUGUGUCCGCACAAGAGAGCCUUCAUACUUUCCGACGGCUUGGUUGGCGACGACGACAAGGGAAACAUGUGGGUUUCGUGUCCCUACCACAAGCGCAACUUCGAGUUGAAGGGUGAGAACCCAGGUACAUGCCGGAACGAUGAGGACCUAAACAUUGCAACCUUUGAGAUUGAGGAGCGGGCUGAUGGCUGGGUCUACUUGAAGCUGCCUCCGGUUGAGGAGCUGGACGCGAGGCUUGGUACUCAGAAGUGGAUGGUCAAGAAGGGAGAGACGGAGGACCCCUUCAAAGGUGUCGACGGGAUUCUCAAGGGUCGGAAAUCGAAGAAGACUGCUCCUCUAGGCAACCUUCCCGUUGAGAAGCCAGCCUUUCAGACGCCUGUUGCGGCCGGAGGUGGCGCCGGGUUGGAUUGGUGA